AUGACGAUAGUGAUCCUGUCUCGAGGGAGCUGUGGUCUCGCCAGAUGUACUCGCCAGUAUAUGUUGUCCAUGGCAGCGGCAGACUUGCUGGUGAUCAUCUUCUGUGUGAUAUUGAACUACCUGGGAUCUCUCCACUUCCCCUUCUCUCUCCUCAACCAUUACUAUGUGUGCAGCGUGAACAGCAUCAUGAAUGCUGCCUUGGUGGACAGCUCAGACUGGCUCACUGUCGCCUUCACCCUCCACCGCUUUAUUGCCAUUUGUUGCCAAAGGUUCAAAACAAGAUACUGCACAGAGAGGACAGCAAGCUGGGUAAUACUGACGGUGUGCGCAGUCAGCUACUUGAGAAACAUCCCCCGCUACUUCACCUAUGAACCUGACUACACCCGCGGUGCAUUCCCAUUCUGCCGGCUUCACAACCUGUGUACCAAAACCGCUUUGGCAAUAUAUCUGUGGUCCGGCAAAAUCAUAACCCCUCUCAUUCCCUACGUGUGCAUCUUGCUGCUGAACACUCUGACCAUCAGGCACAUCCUAGUAGCCAGCCGGGUCCGCAAGGUAUUCCGGGGUCAAGACAAUGAUGGGAAGCAAGUUGACCCAGAGAUGGAGAACCGGUUGAAGUCCAUUAUCCUGCUCUUCGCCAUUUCAGGCAACUUCAUCGUGCUCUGGUUGACAAGGGUGGUGGAAAUUGUCUUUCAAGAGAUGUUGCUGAGUUUGAGCUCCAUGCCCACAGUUACCCAGGUCGGGGACAUGCUGAGGUAUCUGAACUCCUGCACCAACACCUGCAUUUACGCCCUCACCCAGGCUAAGUUCAGGGACGAGAUGAAGCGAGUUGUGAUACAUCCCAUUCACCUGCUACUGAAGAUCAUCAAAGUCUGA